AUGGAGGAGGGGGGCCGUCAAAAGGGCAUCACAGCUGCGUUUCCCCCGCCGCCGCCAUUCUGGAGGCACUUUACUCCUGAAAAUCUACAAAAACUUGAGAAAGCUAAGAGAGAAGCUGGGCCCCAAACCCAGAGCCACAGAUGGACUCCCCAAGCCCUCCAGGCUCUUGAACUUCCUCCGGAGCUUCGCUACCUUGUUCCACCGGAAUUCCCAAAAGAAGGCUCAUAUUCUCUCUUUGGCGAAUCACAGUCGCUAUCAGGAAGCCUUCCAUCACUUGAGGAACAAGGGCUAGAACAGCUUUUCCCCUCCAGCCUUACGGAUGAAGCUGCGGGCCCAUCGCCGGAUCACGCAUACUAUCUUUUGAAAAUCAGCAAAUCCCUCCUGCUCAACUUUUUGGAAUUGGUAGGCGUAUUAUCAAUCAGCCCAGAACAUUAUGAACCCAAGGUCGAUCAUAUCCGGAGCUUAUUCAUUAACGCGCAUCAUCUACUGAACGUGUAUCGUCCACAUCAAUCUCGAGAGUCACUGAUUACGAUGAUGGAAGAGCAGCUGGAGAAGGCAAAAGAGGAAAUCCAGGAAAUGGACCAAAUGAAAGCAUGUGUUGAGCGUUACCUCAAGGAAUUGGAGACAGAAGGGCGAACCAUAUCUUAUCAGGGCGAGCUAGAGGGGACAGCAGAGAAACUAGCGGCUGCAGCCGAGACCAAAACAGCCGAGCCUCACUUGGACGGCGCCCAGGAAAUGUGGGAUCUUCUGGAUCAGAUUGAGAACAGCUGA